AUGGAGAACGGAUCCCUCCUGGUAAAACGCAUCGACGAGAGCCUGGUGAAAUUCUUUGCGCUGAAGAAGGCGGAGGACGCCGCCGCCGCGGAAAUGAUUACUCAGGAAUCGUGGAGCCUCUCGCUCGAGAAGCUAGUCGCCAUGAUGAGUCACGCAGCGGAAAGCAGCCUCCUGGAUGAAUGGAGGGCUGGAGACGCCGAAAGGGUCGCGCAAGGAGGAUACGCUUCUGCACCGGCGGCGCGCAUUCAGCGCGGCGGCAGAUCGGGUUGCCGGAAGGACGGGCUGCGCUGGCUCCUGGUGCAAGCCAGAUCGUCAGUUAUCACACCCGAACGCCCGUCCAAAACCCAACCAUCUCAGGCCUUUGUGCGUUCUGCGGCUUUCAAAAGAACUGGGGAAGCCAAGGAUUCAAGUCAGCCGCCGAGCGGAGCGAGCCAGGUCCUUGACCCGACAACUGAACGACACUCGUCUAAACGCCAC